ACCGAACAAUGUGAGGAAGUAGUUGCAGACACAUUUGUACAGCAGCAGGAUGGCGGACGCAGUCAACAAGGAAGUGUCCUAUGAGGAUUUGAAAGCUCUUCUAGAAAAGAAACAGAAUCUCUUCCUGGUUGAUGUCCGCUCCCAAGGAGAAGUGGACAAAGGGCAAAUUCCAGGAUCUGUUCACAUCCCAGUGGAUACAGUCGAAGCUGCGUUUGCAAUGCAGCCAGAAGAAUUCAAGGCCAAGUACGGGGUGACCAAGCCCCCGAUGGACGCCCCCGAGCUGGUGUUUCACUGCCAAAUGGGCAAGCGAGGUGGAAUGGCCACGAGCAAGGCCCAGGAGCUAGGAUAUGUGAAUGCUCGUAACUAUGCUGGAGGAUACAAGGAGUGGUCUGAGAGAGCGGGGAAGUGACUCAUGUCGAAGGAAUGCUUCAUAUAUAUUUAUAAAAAAUAGUAAUUGUGAAAGCUUGACAGAAAAAAUGUAGAAAUAUUUCGGAAGUUUAUUUGCUACCUUUUGAUACAGUUUUGUUUUCAAUUUUAAAUGUUUGAAUGAAUUCAAAUAAAAUUGAUUAUGCUA